AAACCAUCAAAACAAAACCAUUAACCGCCAUCAAUACCAGAAAUGCCCUCCGCCAAACAGCUUUUUCGCUACUUGACGACACCUGUAAAUACAACAACUAUAAAUGAUAAUGCAUCCAAUACUCUCUCACAAACACAACCCACUCUAGACUUGAUUACGAAAUUAUCGUUGAGAUCUAUGGAAAGGAAAAUACUGGUGGCGGUGGACGAAGGGGAGGAGAGCAAGUACGCGCUGUCGUGGUGCCUGAAAAACGUUGUGAAUCAGAAUUUCAUGGAUACCAUCGUCCUCCUCUACGUGAAACCACCGCAAGUGGUCUACACAGCCGUCGAUGGAACAGGGUAUUUGUUUUCGACGGAUAUAAUUGCGACCAUCGAUAAGUACAAGAAUGAAGUAGCUGAAACUGUGAUCGAGAAGGCCAAGAAGCUUUGCAAGGACCUUCAGAAUGUGAAGGUGGAGGCGAAGGUGGAGGCGGGGGAUCCAAGGGAUGUGAUAUGCGAGGCGGCGGAGAAAAUGGCGGUUGACAUGGUGGUGUUGGGCAGCCAUGGAUAUGGUUUGAUCAAGAGGGCAUUUUUAGGGAGUGUGAGCAAUCACUGUGCACAGAACAUCAAGCGUCCAGUUUUGAUAGUGAAGAAGCCCAAGAAUCACAGUGCAAAUUCAACGUUUUGAGGUUGAAGUUGGAGUGAUGCUUUAAGGAGUUGUACGUUGUACAUUACAAGUUGUACGAGGGCUCAUAUAUACCCUCUUAAUUUACUCUACUUCAUUCAAUUUGUCAUGGUUAAGUUGGUCUUUUUGAAGUUUGUUUAAUUUGUUCAGGUUUUGUAAUUUCAAGUGAGAUAUAUAUUAUCUAACAUCUAAUUAUCC